UUUGUAUUCGCGGCCUAGAGAAUCAGGUUUAAAUUAAGUAAGAGUCUUCGUUUCUAAAUAUGCUUUUUGAUACAUUUCGCUUAUUAAAAUAAGUAAUUAUUGUAAAGUGAAUGUGCAAAAGAAAUUAUAUUCAUUCAGUAGCUGAAGAAAAUGAGCUUGAUGUGGCCAAAAAUUGUCUUAUUUGGUGAUUCUCAAGUGCAGCGUGCAUUUGACCCAGCUAAUGGAUCAUGGGGUGCCUUGUUAGCAAAUAGGUUUCAAAGAGUUGCAGAUGUUAUAACCAGAGGAUUUUCUGGCUACACUUCUAGAUCUGGUUGCAUUAUUCUUCCUCAUAUCUUCUUUCCAGAAAACAUAUCAGAUGUGGGGGCAUUUGUGAUAUUUUUAGGUACUAAUGAUUCAUCUGGCAAAUUUGAUGCACCACAGUACCAUGUGCCGGUUGAAGAAUAUUCUGAAAAUUUAGAAAAAAUGAUAAAAUAUCUUCAGUUAAUAGGUUUGAAAAAAGAUAAGAUCAUUCUUAUAACACCAGGGCCAUAUCAUGCAGAAAAAUUUCUGAACUGGUGCCAUGAAACAGGAAGAAAUUUUCCAAUAAAAGAUGAAAAGUUGGUGCCCAAAUAUGUUGAAGCAUGCAUCAAUGUUGCUAAGAAAUAUAACCUGGAUUCAGUCAAUAUAUUUGAAGAAAUGAAGAAAGACGAGGACUGGUCAAGAUUUUUAAUUGAUGGUCUUCAUUUUGCUCCUGAUGGUGCCAUAUUAAUAUAUAAUUUAUUGAAACCCAUCCUUGAAAAAAAGAUUGAUCCAUCUGAGAUGUUGCUGCCUUAUUGGCGAGACAUUAAUCAUAUCAAACCAAAAGAUAAUGAUGAUGUAUGUUUUAAAAAGUGCCCCAAUGUUACAGCAUAGAAAGAAUGAAAAAAGAAUAUUUGUGUGUCUGUAUUUAUUAAAAUUUGGUUUAUACAUAAAUAAAAAGAAAUGCCUGUACAGUGAGAGGAUAUAAUAUGACUAGU